UCUCGGGCUCACAGACCGAGCAGCUGUCAGUGCACAGCGGAGAGUGUCACGACAAACGGGCUUUGAGGAAGGACGACGGCUUAAAAAUGCAGCUCAGCGACGACUUCUGUUGUUUACCACAUAGUCGAGUCAGCUCUCUGAACGUCAAAAUAUAUCGCUGAACAACGUUUUUUUUUGGUCCAUUACUGUCGGCUGAGUGUUUCUGCUCGGUUACUGUCAGACAGAACUAGUCCAGACAUGAGUACCGUCAAUCUGAUUUUUUGGGACCAGUUGCAGGCUGGCAGCUCCGACGUGGACUGGUGCGAAGGCAAUUACCUAAUUUACCCCAGCAUCGCCGAAUUUUACAACACGAUCAGCAACAUUUUGUUUUUUGUUUUGCCGCCCAUAUUAAUGUGCUUGUUCCGCCAAUAUGCAACACAUUUCAACAGUGGGAUUUACCUCAUAUGGAUUCUACUGGUUGUGGUCGGCAUCGGAUCGACGUACUUCCACGCCACGCUCAGCUUCCUGGGCCAGAUGCUGGACGAGCUGGCCAUCUUAUGGGUGCUCAUGUGCGCCAUCGCCAUGUGGUUCCCCAAGAGAUAUCUACCCAGGAUGUUCAGGAGGGAUCGGUCGCGGUUCAAAGUGGUCAUCGGCAUCUUGUCGGGGAUCACCACGGGGCUGGCCUUCGUGAAACCGGUCGUCAACUCGGUGUCCCUCAUGACGCUGGGCAUCCCCUGCACCGUUCUCCUCAUCACUGAGCUCAAAAGGUGUGAAAACCUACGAGUGUUCAAGCUGGGUCUGGUCUCGGGGAUCUGGUGGGCACUGGCUCUGCUUUGUUGGAUCAGUGACAGGAUAUUCUGUGAGAUGUGGUCAUCUGUCAAUUUCCCCUACUUGCACUGUGCUUGGCACAUCCUCAUUUGUCUGGCUUCCUACUUGGGCUGCGUCUGCUUCGCCUACUUUGACGUUGCGACCGAGGCCCCAGAGCGAGGGCCCGUCAUCAUGUUCUGGCCCAACGAGAAGUGGGCCUUCAUCGGCGUGCCCUACAUUUCCUUUCUCUGUGUCCAUAAGAAGUCUGCGGUCAAGGUGACUUAAGGCGCCCCCGACUCUGCUGGUUGCACUUUCUAACUCUUUCUCGUCACGGUGGGUUCAAACGAGCGCGCGGCUCACGUGUCUGGGCGAUGGACGUGAUGCACAUUUAGGCCAACGGGGAGGAUUUCUCUCUUCCUACUUUCUUCCCGGUUUCAUUACACGUCAGUGUUUAUGCAACUCUGUCAAAAAAAUCAAAAGGUGUUCGAAAUGAGUCCCAACAUGAUGCCAAAAGAGGGACUUUUCAAACGCCACAGUAUCAAAGCCAGGAAACCUGUACAGUGUUCCAAACCUAAUCUCAGGCUUUGCGUUAUGAUACCAUGUAAGUAUUAUGCACUUCUGGCUUAUUUUAAGUGGAAGAUUUUGUACAUUUUAUAGUAAGUUAAAAACAAAAAGAUUAUAGAGUAUUGUAUUGCCUAUAUAAAGACAAGUAUAGCAUCUCAUCGGUGCAGUCUGGUCACCAUUAAAGCAUGUUUAAAAACAAUAAGUCACUGGAUCCAUUAACUGUGAUUAAUGCAUAAUGCAUUACAGCUUCAUGUUACCCUGCUUAGCUCAUCAUUCUAUACUCAAUGAAUCAACAAGUCGGUUUACACAAUGUUACCGAAGUGUUACACAUGAAGCCUUAUGUGUUCUGGAUACAUGUUGGAUUCAGGCUGUUAGACCCGCCCCCUUUGUGGAAAGUCAUUUUUGCUUAAAACGCCGGAAUCGCGAGCUUCUUUCUGAAAUGGGUGUGCUAUGUUUUGCUGCCAGCAUGCCAAUGUGCUUUUUCAAGAUAGUAUAUAAGAAAUGUGUUUAAUGUACUCUGAGUGUAUAUAUAUAUAUAUAUAUAUAUAUAUAUAUAUAUAUAUAUAUAUAUAUAUAUAUGCCGCUAUUUUCAUUGGAGAAUCAUAUAGUUUGUAUAUUAUUGAAUUAAUAGGUACCUUUUUAAUAUUGGCCAAAACCCAAAGUAGAAAUAAACAGAACUGAAUGUUAAAAAUGUAUUGGAAAAAAAUGGACUUUUCAAGGAAAUGAUGACAUAUUUUGCACAAAAUUAAGAAUGGUUCUCAAUGCGUACCGCAAUGAUGAUUAUGUACUUAAAACUUUGCUUCCACCCUAGAGCUUUUAACGGUAAAGUUUUCCCAACUUAUUUCUUUUUACAUCCAAACAUUUCAACUCAGUGUUAUGUAUUUCAGGAUCCGUAUUUUAGAUGUUGUGCUAAAAAUAAUCAGAACUCUGAAAACUGUGCAAAAGGCCUUAAUCAAACCGGAUAACGAACUACAGAAGCAAACAAAGGUACACGGUGUUGUUGUGUAAUGUAUCUGAAGCUGUUUGUCCUCCGGGGAUAUGCAGUGUGAUGAAUGUGUUGGAUAACAAAAGGAAAUUAGGCCUCGGUCGUAGCAGGAGAACUUUUUUUUUUCACCACGUCUUCCGUGGUUUGAUUUUUUAUUUUUAUAAAAAUGAAUAGAAAUUGUGUGUAGAAUAUAAAAGGGAAGAAUAUUAGGUGUUGUGCAGCUAAACGCUAACCCUAAAAAAACAAGUUUCACCAAAGCUUUUCACCACAAACCAUUGUUUUAAAUGUACUUGCAAACUGCCUCAAGCUGCGUUAACUGGUAUUGUUUUACUCCUGUCCUCCUGCAGAGGCUUCUGGAGACUCAAUCUACUAAAAUAUCUAGUGCAUACAUGAAGGGUCAAGUAAAUAAUCAUGACUUAGUCUAGAAACUCGUGAAAAGUUAUGUUACUAUUUUGUUAAAUCCCCAAAAAAUAUAUGGUGUGUGUGUAUAUAUAUAUAUAUUUUCAAAGUGAUGUGUAGCCAAAUUUUGAGGGUGAAUGAUUUUUCUUAUGCAUAAUUACGACCUUUGUAUUGCCAAACUGGCAAGUUUUAUUUUUUUUAAUUGUGUUUAAUUUUGUGGAUAAUAUUGACAAUGUUGUCGUGCCCAGGGACACUGUCACACUUUCACUGUGCUGUAAAAGGUAUUGAAUCAUACAUCCGACCCACGAUGGUGGAUCGUUUGUGUAAAUCCCGCUCGGAUAAAAGAGGUUAUGUGAACAGCACAGCCUGCAAAAUGCUGCCCGCCGCUUCGCAUGAGGUAUGAUUAUGAUCGCAUAACAAUGAGUUGCCAUUUUUAUGAAAUAACCAGUGUAUAGAUUCUCAGUUUAUUUCCGCGUUCAUUGACAAGACAAAUUGCACAGAAAUAUUUAUUUUCAUAAUUUAUCCUGUUUUGUAGACAAAUAUUUGUAAUAGACUAUAUGUUAUCAGUGCAUUUUAUUGUAUGCGAUAAACUAAUACUCAAAAUGAAUGCUGGUUUUUAUUUGA